AUGAUCAGACUCGCAGCAGCAAUAUUCUCCUUGAUCCUUUGCUUUAAUGGAUCCCUGGCUAACACGGAGUGCGCCGAUGGAAAUGAAACGGAAGAACUGGCCACCAUGUGCGGGUCGUACUGCUUCUCGGCGAUGAAGCCAGUGCUGGGCUAUUUGAAGACCAAAGAAACUAGUUUGGAUACCUGUGAAAACGGGAGUCGGCAGGAUCUUAGCCAGAUGAACACCAAGCUAGCGGACAUGCAGAAAACCCUGGAUACUGUUAAAAAAUCGCAACAGGACAAGGACGCCCUGAAGAAUACUUUAACCCAGCACCUCCCGGCGAACUUAUCGAAGCGUUUGGAAGAUAUUGAAAAUAAGCUGGCAGCAGAACUCAACGAAAAGAAAAUAAUACAAAACCAACUAAAAGAGAUCCAGGACAUAUUGACCAAAGUGGCAAGGACCGGACUAAUGUCGUAUUACAUCAAUGAGAAGGCUUUUGAUGAGAAUUCGAACAACACAUGCCAGAAAAUGGGCGGUCACCUUGUGUCCGUUCAAACGAAUAAUAACAAUAACCAGUUAAGGAGCUUAAAUUGA